AUGAACAUUCUGCACGUCUUUAAUAAACUAAUUGUGGCUGUGGAGUGUGUCAUCAGUGUCAUCAGUGCUGUUGGCUCCCCCAUCAUAGGCCCCAUAGUCACUCUCUCAAUCGAAGAAGCCAAAUAUUUGCUCAACACUGAAGCGAACGUGGCUAAACUCAGGGAGGCCUAUGAGGAGCUCAGCCUGACAAAGGAGGAGGUUCUACAACAGAUUGCAACCGACACAUCGAAAUCGGACGAGAUCGUGCCCACCAAGAGGGUGAAGACGUGGAAGAGGGACGUAGAAUCCAGAGAAGCUGAUAUAUCAAGGAUCCUCGAAGCCUACCGUAAUAGGGCGACGUACUUCGGAGGUCGCUGCCCAAGGAACUGUUGGUCGAGUUACAGGAUCAGCAAACGUGCGGCCAGGGCGGCCGAGGGAGCGAGGGAACUUGUAAGAAAGAAGGAAAAUUUUCCUAAAGAUCGCGUGACGGAGAAACGUGCUCCACGUAUCCGAAGGGUGCCGACAUUAACGUCUGAUGCUACAGCGGAUUCAACCGAUAGGUACCUAAAGGUGGUGUUUGGUUACCUGCAGGACGAGGAAGUAGGAAUGGUGGGGAUAUGGGGUAUGGGGGGUGUGGGAAAGACCACCCUUCUCCAGAAAAUCAACAAUCAUCCUGAUGUCGCUUCCGCCGGAUUCGAUUAUGUCAUCUUGCUUGCUGUAUCUCAGGUACUCGACCUUGACAGGCUUCAGAAGGAAACGGCUGAAAGACUUGGAUUGCCUUUGGAGGAAGGUACAUCAACCUUAGACUCUCGAAUACGUCGAUACUUGAGUAACAAAAGUUUCCUUCUACUAUUGGAUAACGUAUGGGAUCCUCUAGAGCUUGAAAGGCUUGGGAUACCUCAUCCCACGCAUGGCAGCAGCAGCAGCGGCACUGUACCUAAACGUAAAGUUCUGUUUACGACUCGAUCAGAGAAUCUUAGUCCCGGAUGCAGGAAGCUGAUAAAAAUUAAAUGCUUGAAACAGGAAGAGGCUUGGAAUUUAUUUUUACACAACGUCGGUGAAGGCACAAGAACUGUUAUCAACACAGACGAGAGGGUCUGCAGCCGUGCGGAGAAAGUUGCUGAGAAGUGCGGCGGUCUACCACUUGCAAUUGUUCUCAUCGCUCGGGCGAUGUCUGCUAACAAGACCUGGCAAGAAUGGGAGGUUGCUGUCAAUUCUCUGGAAAGGAUUGGGAUUCAGGAGAUGUGGAGCAAGGGAGAAGACCCUUUCCCUCUCUUGAAAGUCUCUUAUGAUCGCCUCCCCGACGACAAUGUAAAAAACUGCUUCUUAUCUUGUGCUUUAUGGCAAGGAGAUCGGGCUCUCUGGGAUGAAGGGGAAUUCGACCUCAUCAAUUUUUGGCUUAGCAUGAAUGUUAUAGACGGUGAUCUUACAGAAAGCGACCACAAGGGCUCAGAAAGCUACCUCAACGGCUAUGCCAAUCUCCAGAAUCUCAAAAGAGCUUGCCUGUUGGAGGAAGUUCAGGGCUUUUCAGUGGGUUUGGUAAAAAUGCACGAUGUUAUUCGCGGAAUGGCUUUAUGGAUAAUAUCAGAGUGCAAGAAAGAAUGGGUUAUUAUCGAUCAAACUAAACGAAAGAACGAAUCAGAUGGAGACGGCGCAGGGUGGACCUCAAGGGAUGAUAAAAUGAUUCGGUUGAUUCACGGACGACCCGGGACGCAACUGCCCCAGCAUCCCGAUUGCCCCACUUUGUCGGCCCUGAUUCUUGGGGGGAACCAUAUUGAUAUGAUCCCUGAGCGUUUCUUUCAAAACAUGAACGCACUCACGUGCUUGAUAUGUCAUUUAACUACAACAUCAGUGAAAUUAAUUCCUGCAGCUAUCGGAAGGCUACAGCACUUAAGAUACCUAGACUUAAGCUACACUGACAUAAGUUCGCUGCCUGUGGAGUUGGGAGAUCUGAUCCAAUUGAGGUGCUUGUUAGUGAAUGUUUCAUUUUCUCUGAGAAGCAUCCCUCAUGGAUUGAUACCGAGAUUAGAAAAACUAGCGCAGCUGGAGCUAUUUGGUAGCGCGUUUAACGCAUGGGGUACUGAAGGUCAAGCAAGCAUCGAAGAAUUAGUGCUCUCCGGGAUCACAUCUCUAUCUAUCGAUGUCAGAAGGCUCGACACACUGGAGCAACUCUCCAAAAAUCGGCUGUUGUCCCUGUGGAGGGUCGUUAUUACAGAAUUGGAAGACGUGACAUCCCUCCCACUGCGACGGCUGCUUCGAAACGGUAGAUAUAAGCUGCCAUUCUGA